ACUCCAACCCCUCUGCCUACACUGUAUCUGUCUCUUUCUGUCUGGCUUUGCUGAGCUAUCCAUGUCUCUGUGCAACUCACACACUUCUCCCAUGUGGAUUCAAACUGGCCAUUUACUUUGCACUCCAGAAUGAAUUCCUGAACACUAGCUAAGUGUCUGCAGUCUCAACCAGGAGUGAGAUCUCAGCAUCUGUGCAUCGUCUGACAUCCAGACUCUCCACCAGCGCUGGGCUUCUAAGAUAAGAAAGCUCUCAGGCAAUGGCUUCGAAUUUUAAUGAUAUUGUGAAACAGGGAUAUGUGAAAAUUCGCAGCAGACAUUUAGGGAUCUAUCAGAGGUGCUGGCUGGUAUUCAAGAAGGCAUCGAGCAAAGGCCCAAAGAGACUGGAAAAGUUUUCAGAUGAGCGAGCAGCCUAUUUCCGGUGCUAUCACAAGGUGACUGAAUUGAAUAAUGUGAAAAGUAUAACUAGGAUACCCAAGGGCACAAAGAAGCAUGCUGUGGCAGUCAUUUUUAAUGAUGACACCUCAAAGACUUUUGCAUGUGAUUCAGAGCUGGAGGCAAACGAAUGGUGCAAAGUGCUGCACAUUGAAUGUGUGGGACCCAAAAUCAAUGACUUCAACUUGGGAGAACCAGACCUGCUAGCCACAGGGGUAUUCAGAGAAUGGAGUGAAAGGUUCCAUGUGUUUCUGAUGCCUUCCCCAAACCUGGAUGUCCACGGAGAAUGUAUCCUGCAGAUCACCUUUGAGACGAUUGGCUUGUGGGAUGUCCUGAAUCCCCGUCUCAAAAUUGUCUCUUGGCCCCUUACCGCUCUGAGGCGUUAUGGUCGUGAUCACAACUGGUUUACAUUUGAAGCUGGCAGGAUGUGCGACACUGGAGAGGGCCUCUUCACUUUCCAGACAAGAGAAGGAGAAGCCAUUUAUCAGAAAGUACACAAGGCUGCAUUGGCUAUAGCUGAACAGCACGACUGGCUGUCAAAGAAAUCUAGGAAUGAGAGGAUGCUGAGUGAAAAGACAGCUCCUGAUAGCUCCAUGACACCUCUGCCUCGAAGCAAGUACUGGCCACACAUUAACAGACAGCAAAGCAUAAAGCCAGCCAGCCACUUAAAAGAUAACUCCAGUCCAUUGACGUCUGUGGAUGAGAAGACCACCGUUUGUACAUGAAGUCUUCAUCAUGCACAAGACCAGUUGUGAAAGAGACUUUUGAUGGGGAGACAAUCUAAAAAAAUACCAAAAGGAGGAAAUACUCAAACCAAACUUUUGAUUUAAGUGAAUAAGACAUUUUGUGAAGAAAAUAAUAUAUUUUUGUCUUUUUUUCUUACUACUAUGUCAGAUAAGCACUUACAACUGGUUGAACAUCUUUGUCGUUCGUUUUACCAGUAGGAAACCGUUAUGCAUUAUCGUGCCAAUGUUUGUAGUUUUUGUGGUUAGCCUGAUAAUAUACUGUAUGAUUUUUUUGAUUUAGUAAGAAAAAUGUUUUUAAGGAAUGUGUAUCUCUCACUUGUAUACAGGCUGUUCUCAGUGCUGUACAUGCAUUUGUAAUGUAAAUAGAGGUAAAAUGUUUCUGCCAUGAAUAUUAAAUAAUUUA